AUGAACUCUUCAGUUUAUGAUAUUGAGCUCGAUUUGGCUCUGGGCUUGCCGGUGGAUCGUUCGGAACCCAACACCAAGAGGCAAAAAGUUGCUCAAGGCUCUUCAGAAUCAGUUGCUCGGGGACAAUCUGGCAAUAAAAACCAAUGGAACAAUCCGACCAAUUUUAAGCCUGAAUUGGCCCUUGGUUUAUCCUUCGACCAUUCCGCUUCUCAAAAUCAAAAACAGCCGGUUUCUUCUGCCUCUCUGGAGUUUGGGGCCAGUGAUUUCAACGUAUGGCUAUCUCCAGUUGGAAAUCUUGAGAAGCAACCGCGUGAGUACUUUAUCGUGAUUUAG